AGAAAGAUUUCUUCAAAGCAAGUUUGCUUUUUAUGUGCAUUAAGUGUAGGUAACACCCUUUAAGACGUUGUUUUAUACUUUUGUUUUGAUUAUUUAACUUCGACUUGAUUUACCUGGCCAUUUGGACGUUUUAGACGAUUAUAAACUAGUGGAGGAAAGGAUAUGAAAUGGGUAAAAACCUGAAGGAUGAGAGCUCGGAGUCGUCGGAAUAUGGGGAACCUGCUCAGUAUGACCCCACCUUCAAUGGACCCAUUCGAAAAAGAGGCUGCACUGACAUAAUCUGCUGUAUUCUCUUCAUUGUCGUCAUCCUUGGCUACAUGGCGGUGGGGAUUUUGGCAUGGCUUUAUGGUGAUCCCCGGCACGUCCUCUACCCACGGAACUCUACCGGAAUGUUCUGUGGCAUCGGGGUGAAUGAAGCUCAACCCAGUGUGUUCUACUUUGACAUACUGAAAUGUGCCACAUCAAUCAACAUCAUGGCCGCCAGCCUUAAUGGGUUACAGUGCCCCACCACACAGGUCUGUGUGGAAACGUGCCCAGAUGUGUUCUGGGCUCUGAAUCCUAUUGCCUACUUACCGAAAGCCAAGCCACAAGACUACUUCAACCAAUCACUCUGCGUGCCAUCCUUUGACCUAGCAAGAACUACACUGAAAGUUAAAGAAAUUGUGGAUCAAGAGCUGUGUCCGUUCUUCUACACUCCUACAGUCUCUGUGCUGGGAAGAUGCAUACCUGAUGUUACCGCUCUGAAAAAUAUUCCUAAUACGUUAGGCUUGCCAUCAAGCAUCAAUGAUACAGUCAAUGGCAUCAGGAACGCCACAGGUGAUAUAGUAAACAGCUUCAAUGCCAAGGAGAUUGGAGUGAGAAUCUUUGAGGACUUUGCGUCGUCAUGGCAGUGGAUCAUUGCUGCUCUGGUCAUAGCCAUGGUGGUCAGUUUUCUCUUUCUCCUUCUGUUGAGGUUCAUUGCCCCUGUUAUGGUCUGGGUCCUUAUAUUUGGAGUGUUGGCAGUUGGUGCUUAUGGCAUAUAUCACUGCUGGUGGGAGUACAACAACUACAGAAAGUCGACCGUCUCAAUUACUGACAUAGGCUUCACCACCGACUUCAAGGUCUACCUUCAGGUCAAGGAGACCUGGCUGACCUUCUUGAUAAUCCUGUCUGUGGUAGAGGGCAUUCUUCUCCUGACCUUGAUCUUUCUGCGGACCAGAAUCCUCAUCGCCAUUGCUCUCAUCCAGGAGUCCAGCAAGGCUGUCAGUCACAUGAUGUCUACGCUGUUCUACCCUCUCAUCACCUUCGUUCUCCUGGUGGUGUGUGUGGCCUAUUGGGGCAUCACUGCUCUGUAUCUGGCCACUUCAGGCAUUCCAGUGUACAAAGUGGUGGCUCUCAACUCUACUCAGGAUAACUGUGGCCAAAUCAGUGGCAAUGAGACCUGUGACCCACAGACAUUCUACAACUCUACAGACUACUCGUGGUGCCCGUCGGCGCGCUGCAUCUUCAUCAAGUACAACAACGAGGGCCUGCUGCAGAGGAACCUGUUCAACCUGCAGCUCUACAACGUGGUGGCCUUUCUGUGGUGCGUCAACUUUGUCAUUGCCAUGGGCCAGUGCACCCUGGCAGGGGCCUUCGCCUCCUACUACUGGGCCUUCAGCAAGCCCUCGGACAUCCCCACCUUCCCCCUGUCCCAGGCCUUCAUCCGCACACUACGAUACCAUGUUGGCUCCCUGGCAUUUGGUGCUCUGAUCCUCACCCUCAUCCAGAUAGUCCGGAUCAUCCUGGAGUACCUGGACCACAAGACCAGAGCGGCUCAAAACCCCUGUGCUCGGUUCCUCAUGUGCUGUCUGAAGUGUUGCUUCUGGUGUCUGGAGAAGUUCAUCAAGUUCCUCAAUAGAAACGCCUACAUCAUGAUUGCUGUAUAUGGAAAAAACUUCUGUGUCUCCGCGAAAAACGCAUUCAUGCUUCUAAUGAGGAACAUUGUCAGGGUGGUGGUGCUCGAUAAAGUGACGGACCUGCUGCUGUUCUUUGGGAAGCUGCUAGUGGUGGGAGGAGUAGGUGUCCUGGCCUUCUUUUUCUUCUCUGGCAGAAUAAGACUACCAGGCAGCAAUUUCCGUACUGAAAUGCUCAACUAUUACUGGAUGCCCAUUAUUGUGGUUGUGGUGGGAGCGUACCUCAUUGCUCAUGGUUUUUUCAGUGUGUACAACAUGUGUGUGGACACACUCUUCCUCUGCUUCUUGGAGGACUUGGAGCGACAUGACGGAACGAUGCAGAAGCCAUACUACAUGUCCAAGAACCUGAUGAAAAUCCUAAAUAAAAAGAACAAGGGACCUAAAAAGGACAAAGGAAAGGAUUGAUGAAAUAGUGCCUUGAGAUGAAUUAGAACCGCACAGCCAUUUUCAAUAUCCUAGAAACAUCGCAACAUCCUAGAAAUAUCACCUUUUUAAUAUUUGUGUAUCUUUCAGCCUUAUCAUUCCUUCUGUUUUUCCCCUUCUGACAUGUCAACGUUGACACAAAAUGGAUAACUUUUUUGCACUUUCAAUUUGAGAUUGUGUCCAUGCUUAUGUGAAAGAUUACUUGUGUGAGAUAUAUUCUUAAAUUCCAGCUAUUCCUUCUAACAAUUUUAAGUGACCAAAACUAGAGCUGUUUAUUACUCUGACCAAAACCAAAUGUUUAUUCUCUCACAGUGCUUAUUUGUUAUCAGAAAAGAGACCGUUUUCUCAAGUCAACAAAUUAUUUAUUAGCCAUAACUGUUUAAUACUUUUUUUAUGAUCCUCAGUACUCUGUAUAUGAUUUCAGUUUAAGGUCUGUGUUAGUUUUUUUAUUUGUUAAAGUAACACUAGCAGUUUUAU